AUGGGUCACCCACAGCCCUACAGCCUCCCAGCAGGCCUCCCUAAAUCACCAGCCCCCCCGAGAACCAGCAGCCACUGGUCCAGGUCAUCCGGCAGCGAGAUCGGAAGUGAGGUCAUCCUCGCGGAGAGAGGGCGGGACCGGCUGCCGGAGGGCUGUCGCGCUGUGCCGCGGCAGGACUGGCCCUCUGGGUCUCGGAGACUCUCCGAGGCCGCGCGCGCCUCCUGGAGGGCAGCAGGGACGAUGGCGCCCCCUGUUGAGCAUGGCUCCUCCCUUCAGGGCAACACCCUCUUCAUCCCCACAGGUUGGAUCCACGCUGUCCUGACUCCAGUGGACUGCCUGGCGUUCGGCGGGAACUUCCUGCACAGCCUGAACAUCGACAUGCAGCUCAGGGCGUAUGAGAUUGAGAAGCGCUUGAGCACUGCCGAUCUGUUCAAGUUCCCCAACUUCGAGACCGUGUGCUGGUACGUGGGCAAGCACCUCCUGGACACGUUCAGAGGUCUCAGGGAGAACCGCAGGCACCCUGCUGCCUACCUGGUGCACGGAGCCAAGGCCCUGAACAACGCCUUCCGCGGCUGGACGCGCAAAGAGGCCCUCCCAGAGCACGAGGAGGAGAUUCCCGAGACCAUCAAGACCCAGCAGCUGGUCAAGGACCUGGCCAAGGAGAUCCGGCUGGUGGAGGACAUCUUCCAGCAGAACCUGGGGAAGACCGGCGCCCCCUUCGGGGCACCAAGGGCUUUGCCCGCCCAGCACCCCCCACCUGCCCCGCCAAGCCGCCCCCCUGGCAGGAAGAGGGGACCCAAGCCAAAAGAGGGGGCGCCCCCAGGGGCCACGGGGAAAAAGAGGGGCCGCAAGAGCAAGGAGAGCCAGGCAGCUGCCGGGACUGUAGGGGGCGCUGGAGAGCUGGACCUGUUGGAGAUCCACACCAAGCACACACUGAAGAAGACCAAGGGCAAGCUGGAGAUCCCGGCCGCCUGUCUGGAUGACCUGGAAGGGAAGCUGAACAAAAGCAAACUGCACCUGGUUCUGACCAACGGCAAGAUCGUGGGAAAGAAGGGGGCGCGGUCAGGCAUGAGCCCAGCCAAGUUUCAGCCCCUCAUUGGCCAGCUGGAGGAUGUGGGGGGAGGAGCGAGCGACUCAGAGGAUGAGCUUCAGAUUGAUGAGACCCCCCCUCGAAGGCAGCGUGCCCCCACCCUGACAAAGAGGAAACUGGCAGGUCCUCAGGAGGACUACACCACCGACGAAGAGGCCCUGACGCUGGAGGACGUGAAGGCGGGGGGCGCCGGGGGCAUUCUGGACCUGCUGAAGGCCAGCAAGCAGGUGGCGGGCCUGGACUGCGCGGCUCUGAGGUACUGCAGGGUGGAUGCCCCCCCGGACCCGCCCCCUCUCCGGGAACAGCAGAAAUCAACCAAGAGGAAGUACGUGAAAAAACGCCCCCCCCAGGCUAGCCGGGACCCUGCAGCCCCCUCGUCUCCGCCGGCCAGUUCCCUGCCCCCAGCAGCAGAGAGCGCUGUGGAAGCCGGGGGGCUGGGGGAGAUUGCAGAGGGGCGCAGGGUGGAGAUGUACCCCGCCAGUCUCCUGGACCACGAGUACACGGCCGGCCCGGGACCCUUCAGCCCGGGGGGCUCCAGGGGGACAGCUGCCAUGGCCCCCGGAGUGUUCCUGACGCCGCGUCGGCCCUCGCUGUCCCCCCAGAGCAGCAGCAGCACCCCCACGCCUGCCCCCGCCAGUUCCGCCCAGGGAAAACGUCCAAAAAAAGGCCUGGCAACAGCUAAGCAGAGACUGGGAAAGAUCCUGAAAAUCCAUCGGAACGGAAAACUGCUUCUGUGAGAGAGGGAGGGGGGAGAGAAACUGCACAAGAAGCUCUCUCUGUACCUCUCUGGGCUCUGGACACACGAGUGAAGGCACUUUCUUCAUAUCUUGCACAGUUUCUCUCGUCUGCUCUGAUUGCUUUCAUGCAUUUUAGAUUGUGUACCUGCAGUACAUAUAUUGCAUUGUACUGUACGUCUGUCACAGUCUGUUAUAUAUGUAUUUAUAUAUAUAGUUUUGUUUUUUACUGGUUUAAGUUUUUAUCGGAUAACUUUUAUAACCUCCACGCGAUCUUGUGAGGUGUGUGAAUGGGGUGCGAACGAUGUGAGAGAGAGAGAGAGUGAUCGUUGCUGAUUCAGGCUGCGGGGGGGGCAGUGUUAGUGUACAGUGAUGGAGGGCCAGUCCCGAGUCUCCUCACACUGCGGGGAGCUGCAGUUCACAGCUGGGGACAGUGGCCGGUCGUUUCCCAACACUGGGGACAGUGGCCGGUCAUUUCCCAGUAUUGCUUUGGGUGAGGGGAGAGGGAGAGUUUAGU